AUGUCUCUCGUGGAAGCACGCGAUCACGCGGGGUACAACGUGGAAAAUGUGGUGUCCAAGCUCGUCAUAAAAAUGAUAUCGCAAGAAUGCCUGUUAAACAAUCCAGUGCAGACAUUUGUUGACCUAACUGCGCUCUCUCAUGGUCUGAAGCUGCCGUCUACACUUUUGGUCAUGCUUGAAAGAGUGUUGGAUAAUAAGAGCGAAUUGUUGCAUGUAAUGUCCAGAGACGCAAAUUGUGCGACGCUUGUCGUGCGCUGGUUAGCUGUGCUAUGUACGUUGGCUCAACACUUGCUGGACAAUAGUUCAAUUAGUGAGUUACAUUGGUGUCUUAGCAGUUUUGUUAUGCGGGCUCUGAACCACUUUUUUGACCUCGUGUCCUUUCCUUCCUCUUUGGUUCAGCAGGAAAAUAUCGGGGAACGAUACGGCCCCAACGGCGAAGAAUCCCUUUCUCAGUCAAAUCCCACGAUGCUGCUGGAUUUUGACCCUGAUCGCGUGGAAGCAACGGUGGUGUACGACCUUUCGGAGUUCCUCUACUGCAUGUGCUGCGCCCCAUGGAGCAACCUUGGAAUUAUGUAUCACUACGAACGACACACCGUGGAGAAGUUCUUUAGUGGCUCUGUGCAGUUCUUUACUUUUCUUCCUGUCGACAUGCUUAUGUCUAGUGAAGUUGGGCGGAAUCGAGUGUUCAACGCCAUGCUCGCUGCACUUACCACGGACGGUCCAGUCUUUCAGCAGCUGCAUCAUCUUCUUGUGCGGCAGAACUUAUGGGAUCGGAUUCUUCGUUACUUGACUAAGUGCCUUGCCUAUUUUUAUCUUCCGGUGAUCCUCAAGUUGAUGUUUAUAAUCGUGCAUAAUGAAACCAUUAGUGGAUCUGAUGACAAUCACGGGGACGCUGUGCCACAAACACCACCGUUAUCCUUCUAUGGGGGCUUACUUGAGCGAACUCUUAGUCUAGUGCUUCGCGAGGUAGUUCUGCUUGUGGCAGUGUCCCCGUACCUGGAAAAAAAUGAAUGCGUCCAUGCAUUUUUCUUGAUUGAGAAAUGCUUUCGGCGUGCUCCUGCAUUGUGCACAGACCACUUUGUUCGUCUUCUUGAUGUGUGUUCUGCUUAUCAUAGAGUUCGCAUUCGGCAUAUAAUGAACAGCGUCCGAGAAGGGCAUGAUUUCUCUACUUUAAUGAAUCUAUACUUAAGGUGCUUUGGCCAGUCUUCUAAGGUAUCUAUUCUGGCAGCAUGGUAA